CUUUGGUUGAUAGCAACUGUAACUGGUGCUGCUGUCUGGUGGUUUGAUGAAUCCAGUAACAGAAAUAUUUGGUGUAUAGGUAGCAGUGUCAUGGCAACCAUAUUUCCGUGGACAAUGCUCAUUAUGAUGCCAGAUGCUAACAGAUUACUCAAAGAUACUGCCCUCAGAGAACAAGGUGGUAAUUGGGUACGUGCUAAGCUAGAUGCCUAUAACAAACAACACAUGUAUAGGAGUGUGGUUGGAUUGUCUGUGUUCGGACUAUGGUUGUAUGCCAUUAGUAAACCAUAACUACGUGGCUUUCUUCAAGUACAAGAUGUUGAGUAAAUACACGGCUGACUUACUAUUGUAUUGUAGUGUGUUUGUACACUGACGAACCAGAAGCAA